AUGACAGAGAUCGGCUCUUCCCUGGAGUUCUCGGGGAGUCUCCCCCCCCCGCGGACUCGCAUCUUUAAGAUCAUCGUGAUCGGGGACUCGGGGGUCGGGAAGACCUGCCUCACGUACCGCUUCUGUGCUGGAAAGUUCCCGGAUAAGACCGAGGCCACGAUCGGGGUGGACUUCAGGGAGAGGCUGGUGGACAUCGACGGGGAGAGGAUCAAGAUCCAGCUGUGGGACACGGCGGGGCAGGAGCGCUUCCGUAAGUCCAUGGUGCAGCACUACUACCGUAACGUCCACGCCAUCGUGUUCGUGUACGACGUGACCAACGCCAGCAGCUUCCAGAACCUUCCGUCCUGGAUCGACGAGUGUCAGCAGCACGCGCUGGGCUCCGAGGUGCCGCGGAUCCUGGUGGGCAACAAGUGUGACCUGAGGGACUCUCUGCAGGUCAGCACCGACACCGCGCAGCAGUUUGCAGACUCUCACUCCAUGCCUCUGUUCGAGACCUCCGCCAAGAGCCCUGGGGGCCCAGAGUCAGGCCCCGAGCCAGGCCCCAGGGACAGCGACCACGUGGAGGCCAUCUUUAUGACUGUGGCUCACAAGCUCAAGUCACAGAAGCCUUUGGUGCUGAGUCAGCCUCCUACAGAAGCACCAGGGGCCACUGUCCACCUGGGCAGGGGCCGGGACCGGGACCAGGGGCCAUGGAGCUGCUCCAGCUGCUGA